AAGUAAUAAGCGGAAGUGAGUAGUGAUCAAGAACAAUUUCCACGUUAGCGUUUUUAUUUUUUAGACAUUUAUUAACACCCUGAAACUCAAUGCGAUUCAUUUUAACUGCAAAACAACACGUACUUAAGUCGGGUAGUCUUUAAUUCGCGUUUGGAGACUGGACUUGGUUGAUGUUUUCUAGGUAACGCCAGCUAGCUGCUAACGAUACUAGUAAACAAUGGCUAACGAUAUGGUUUUUCACACUCAAAUAGCCUCGAUUAUGGAGGUGCUAGCGAAUGCAGCCGUGGCAGAGAUCUGUAAACUCGUAGACGACGACUAUGCAGUGUUUCGUUUGGAAAUGUCUCAAAGCCAGAAAGAAAACAGGGGAUUGCGCAGGAAACUACAGCUACUGGAACUGAAGGUGUCACGGGAGCGCGUCCUCACCAGUCGUCCCAGUAGUGUCAAGAUCCUCGACCGAUACAGAGGAAUGGCAAGAGGCGAAGGACAUCUCACUGUAGGCCACAGGAGCAUUGUGAAGCCAGCGGGACCCAAUGUGUGGAGAGAUGACCAACCCAUAGCUAUAGAUGAGGGGAUUGGAACCUCAACCCAGCAUGUUAUUGUGAUAGAGUCUGCAGAUUCAGAGGCUGCAGGUCCUGAAGGAUCGUCUCUGGUCAAGCAGGAGAGGACUGAAGGAGAGGACCCACGGCACAGCGGAGACACCCAAACUAGAGCAGUGGCUACAGUGGCACCACCUGAAGCCACGGUGGACCUCACCACCGCCAGCUCACCCCAGCCCAGGACCGGACGUAGCAUCACGGAGGAGGAGGAGGGUCCAGAGGUACUGCUGGUGAAGGAGGAAGGGUGUGAGGAGGGUCUGGGGAACCCUGAGGAGGAAGACCAGACGACACCUCCUCCUGAACCCACAAAGGAACCAGUUGAGCAGAACAGGACCACACACAGUCUCAAUGAGUCAGUAGACAUGGAGGAUGGGAAGCCUGAUCUGCUGAUAGUCAAAGAGGAGACAAUAGAAGAUGGACCAGAUAGCAUUGAUCUGCUGAGUGGACUAAAGAUGGGGGAGCAAGGUGGUUGGCUGGAGGCUAACAGAGGAGACUGGGGGGCCAUCUUGGAUUCCCAGACGGGUGCAGUCAAUAGCCCGGGGGACGACAUCACUGAGCAGGCCAGGACCAGAGGUGACAUAGUAGAGUCUGCAGUCCAUGAAGACCUGCUGAUAUCUGGUGUUGCUGGCAGGAGAGACUGGACCUCUGAAGCGGCUGGUCACAAACCCUGGCCACUGAUCAGGACCCUGGAUCAGGAGCCAUCGAUCUUCCUUCCCGAGUCAGAACGGAGACAGAAUUGCGAGGGACCGAGACUCCACCAACACACAGAACACAACCAGUGGACAGGUGGACUGAACAACCUCAGUCCUGGUGGUCAUCAGAGAGACAGAGGCUCCAGUCAGGGAUCCAGUCCGAAGCCCAGACCCUUCUCUUCUCAGUGCAAGGAUGAAGCAGGACCUGGGGCUGAUAGAGAUAGACCCUCCUGUUCCUAUGAUACAAACACCACAAUAUCCAUAAUGAACAGAGCAGGUCACCCUGAGCUUCAGCCUUUACAGAGAGUGGUGGGAGACCCCCCGGGUGAUAGUCUAGCAGCAAGUCUAUCUUCACCUUCAGGGUCUUGUCUAAUGCCUGGUGACUGGGUUCAUAGAAGUCCUGGGUCUGGGUCUAGCCUUCCUCAGUUACCUCAUGGUUACCCCACCAAUACAGACAGGGUCAUGAUGGAUGUUCACCACAAGAGGUACCUAGCCUACAACGCAGCACACAAUCCCAACAACACCCAAACAAUGGCUAGAGGUCAAGGAGGGAGCUCAAAGACUAACCACCUGAGGGUGGUGGCUCCUGCCUCCUCUGGUGUCAUUGGGUCACAACAUGGGAGGCCAAGCAUUAGCACAGACGAAGACAAGCCAUACUCCUGCCCCACGUGUGGGAAGCGCUUUGCAAAGGCGACCUAUGUGAAGAAGCACCAAACCAUUCACAUCAAGGAGAGGCCCUUCAAGUGUAAGCUGUGUUACAAGAGCUUCUCAUUCCUGAGUUAUCUUAUCAGACAUAGGAGUGUCCACAACAGGGAGCAAUCAUAGCAUUGGGUCUUGAGAUGUACACAGGAGAUAUCUGGAAACUAUUAUUUAGCUGAAAUAUUAUAGUUAUCAUGUGAAAAGUCCUGGAGUUUUGGGGGGAUUACCAAGUCCCUCAGUUGAGCAUCUGGGUAAACUCUCAUGAUGCAGACUUAUUGUUUGGUGUGCUGGCAUAGCCAAAACACUGCCAUGUUACUGAAGAGCAACACUAUACUCCCCCUCUGAAUUUAGUUUUGCCUAUGUUCUAUUCAUAAUAAAUAUGUCCCUCUUUUUUAUAACACACAUACACACACACAAUCCGGUUGUACCUGCUCCUUUAUUUACUAAAAAUAGGUGAUCAAAAUACACCCUCUUUUUAUAACAAGUCAGGCGAGAUGAGAUGACCCCGAGGUCGCUUUCAUUGGGGAAGAGGUCCAAAAACAACGCCUUACUGUGCCCCUUUCCCCUAUAACCCUCCCAUGGCACUGGGUAUUAGGUAGUUCUCCUUAAUCAGAUAUUUUUCAUCCUCCCGUCUAUCAUCUUCCAUAUCGUUUAUGUGUAUUAUUGUUAUGCAUCUCCAAUGGUUGCAGCAAACAUUGCCACUCAAUAAUUGAUUUCCCCAGCCACACAAGUCAUUGCCUGACAAAUCAAACUGAAUUAGUCCGCUGCUCUAUCGUUCGCUACGUACUUCAGUCUGAGACGGCCAUCAUUGAAGUCGUUUGUUUGUGACGUCUGUGACAGUCAAAGUGAGGUGUGUUUUACAAAACAAAGUUGAAUAUUUACCUUACUGAGGUGAUGUAGAUGGAAUAAAGUCAUACUCUUUUCUACUCUAUUCUUACUAACACACUGUUCUUUCUAAACAAGUCUGCUCUCCGCUUGAAAGAUACUGUAGUUAUCAUGAAGAGGAUUUUAUUUUAUUAGGAUCCCCAUUAGCCGACACCAAUGGUGAACGUUAGUCUUACUGUGGUCCGACACGUAACGAAAAAGACAUUACAGAUCAAAGACAAUUUACAUACAGUGCCUUGCGAAAGUAUUCGGCCCCCUUGAACUUUGCGACCUUUUGCCACAUUUCAGGCUUCAAACAUAAAGAUAAAAAACUGUAUUUUUUUGUGAAGAAUCAACAACAAGUGGGACACAAUCAUGAAGUGGAACGACAUUUAUUGGAUAUUUCAAACUUUUUUAACAAAUCAAAAACUGAAAAAUUGGGCGUGCAAAAUUAUUCAGCCGCUUUACCUUCAGUGCAGGAAACUCUCUCCAGAAGUUCAGUGAGGAUCUCUGAAUGAUCGAAUGUUGACCUAAAUGACUAAUGAUGAUAAAUACCAGUGUAAAUACCUGUGUUUAAUCAAGUCUCCGUAUAAAUGCACCUGCACUGUGAUAGUCUCAGAGGUCCGUUAAAAGCGCAGAGAGCAUCAUGAAGAACAAGGAACACACCAGGCAGGUCCGAGAUACUGUUGUGAAGAAGUUUAAAGCCGGAUUUGGAUACAAAAAGAUUUCCCAAGCUUUAAACAUCCCAAGGAGCACUGUGCAAGCGAUAAUAUUGAAAUGGAAGGAGUAUCAGACCACUGCAAAUCUACCAAGACCUGGCCGUCCCUCUAAACUUUCAGCUCAUACAAGGAGAAGACUGAUCAGAGAUGCAGCCAAGAGGCCCAUGAUCACUCUGGAUGAACUGCAGAGAUCUACAGCUGAGGUGGGGGACUCUGUCCAUAGGACAACAAUCAGUCGUAUAUUGCACCAAUCUGGCCUUUAUGGAAGAGUGGCAAGAAGAAAGCCAUUUCUUAAAGAUAUCCAUAAAAAGUGUUGUUUAAAGUUUGCCACAAGCCACCUGGGAGACACACCAAACAUGUGGAAGAAUGUGCUCUGGUCAGAUGAAACCAAAAUUGAACUUUUUGGCAACAAUGCAAAACGUUAUGUUUGGCGUAAAAGCAACACAGCUCAUCACACUGAAAACACCAUCCCCACUGUCAAACAUGGUGGUGGCAGCAUCAUGGUUUGGGCCUGCUUUUCUUCAGCAGGGACAGGGAAGAUGGUUAAAAUUGAUGGGAAGAUGGAUGGAGCCAAAUACAGGACCAUUCUGGAAGAAAACCUGAUGGAGUCUGCAAAAGACCUGAGACUGGGACGGAGAAUUGUCUUCCAACAAGACAAUGAUCCAAAACAUAAAGCAAAAUCUACAAUGGAAUGGUUCAAAAAUAAACAUAUCCAGGUGUUAGAAUGGCCAAGUCAAAGUCCAGACCUGAAUCCAAUCGAGAAUCUGUGGAAAGAACUGAAAACUGCUGUUCACAAAUGCUCUCCAUCCAACCUCACUGACCUCGAGCUGUUUUGCAAGGAGGAAUGGGAAGAAAUUUCAGUCUCUCGAUGUGCAAAACUGAUAGAGACAUACCCCAAGCGACUUACAGCUGUAAUCGCAGCAAAAGGUGGCGCUACAAAGUAUUAACUUAAGGGGGUUGAAUAAUUUUGCACGCCCAAUUUUUCAGUUUUUGAUUUGUUAAAAAAGUUUGAAAUAUCCAAUAAAUGUAGUUCCACUUCAUGAUUGUGUCCCACUUGUUGUUGAUUCUUCACAAAAAAAUACAGUUUUAUAUUUUUAUGUUUGAAGCCUGAAAUGUGGCAAAAGGUCGCAAAGUUCAAGGGGGGCGAAUACUUUCGCAAGGCACUGUAAUUGGUGCCUUUUCCUAGACCAUGUUGCUAUGUGCAUAAUAGCAAAGUUAACCAGCAUAUUGGUGUUGAGAACAAUGCCAUGAGAAAACAGCCUUUGACUUAUUGUCUAAGAAAAGUGAGAGGAAACCCAAACUUAAUUAGGUUUAUAAUCAAUAGCCUAACUGUGAAAUAUGCCUGGCUUUAUAAAUCAUCAAUAUACCUACAGAAAUAAGACAGAUCCUGCUUCUGUUACCUGUUUUGACUGUGUAAUAGCCUACUGAUUCCAUGAGGCUACUCAACGAUAUGCCAAGCAAACCAUUUCACAAAUCUGUAUGUUUUUAAUCUUUGCUUUGCUGUAAUAAAGGCUUUCCACUUUUUUUGUUAGAA